UACUUCAUUCUUUCACUGCCCAAUUGAUAUCUGGCUCUUAGUGUUUAGCGCUUGUCAUGGAAAAGAAAUGUCAGACUCGAAUAUAUCAAAAAAUGACUUAUUAGAUAUUUGCUGUAGUUUAGGCAUAUCCACCAAAGGGAAUAAAGCAGAUCUUGUACAAAGGUUAAAAGAAUACCAGACAAAUAGAUCCCAUGAGAAUAAUGUGGACGGAAUGAAGUUCACAAAUGAUAAGGCCGAUGAUGAAUCGGUAAUAUCCAACUAUCAUACUGAAACCACUGAAAUAUUAAGCCCUGAAAUACAAAUGUUAAGAGAAUUACUUCAGAAGAACAAGCGCCCAUUACAUGCUGUACUAUUAUCGCUUUCUCCCCAAGAUGCAGAAGAAACAACUGACCACCCACAGCAGACAAAAAGAUGGUUAAAAAACAGAAAUUACAAGCUGGAGAGGAAAAUAAUUUUAACUCAUUAA